AUGGCCUCUACCAGACAGGUCGCGAGGCUGGUCGCCUACCGUCGGUCUCCCUUCAUGCCCAUCGGCUCGACCGCAAACUUCUCUUCCUCGGUAUCCCGCGCAGCAACCCCAGCUGGACCCCCUCAGCCCGGCUUCCGUAUUGCCCCUCCCAAGCGUUGGGACCAGGGCGCCGAGUCUUCUCUCGACAAGGCCAGCAAGUACUUCCUUUUGGCUGAGAUGUUCCGCGGCAUGUACGUCGUGCUGGAGCAAUAUUUCCGACCACCUUACACCAUUUUCUACCCAUUUGAGAAGGGUCCCAUUUCCCCUCGUUUCCGAGGUGAGCACGCCCUGCGCCGUUACCCCACCGGCGAGGAGCGCUGCAUUGCCUGCAAACUUUGCGAGGCCAUCUGCCCGGCCCAGGCCAUCACCAUCGAGGCUGAGGAGCGCGAGGAUGGAAGCCGCCGGACGACCCGUUAUGAUAUCGACAUGACCAAGUGUAUUUACUGUGGUUACUGCCAGGAGAGCUGCCCCGUGGACGCCAUUGUUGAGACCUCCAACGCUGAGUACGCCACGGAGACCCGCGAAGAAUUGCUGUACAACAAGGAGAAGCUACUCGCCAACGGUGACAAGUGGGAGCCUGAGAUUGCCGCCGCCGCUCGCGCGGAUGCUCCUUACCGAUAA